AUGUAUCUCUAUUCAAUUGCACUAGCAACCUUCCUCGUGGGAACCAGCCAGCAUUUUGGGCUUUCAUCCACUGUGAGCCCCACCGACCUGCCUUACGAAGAUGAUCCGAACAAUUUUGAACACCAACACGCAACCGGAUUCCUGUGCAGCAAUUCCACGUACCACAUGUUGAAUCGCACAUAUAGCCCACAACCUCCAAGUGAAUGCGUAUCCGUGAACGUUACGUCGGGGCUUCGUAACGGCACGUAUCAGGCUCUUCUCCGGCACCGCUUUAACGGCUCAAGCGAAAUAUCCAGCUUGAACAUAACAGUUCAUCCGUUUACCUCCGGGCCGCACACUGAGGAUAAUGCGCUUCUAUUCAACCUUUCAAGGAAGCUGAAGCACUUUUAA